AUGUCUUGGAAGAGUAAUCGGACUGUGGAUUACUAUUAUCUUUCGUCUCAGUCGCUGGACGAUGAGGAGGUACUCACUCCUUAUCCCCUGUUCGCCGGGGUAAGAUACCUUGAGAGAUGGAACACGAUUACAUUGUCGAUAGGAGUUGGAUGUAUAAGGAGGAAAAUGAAUGCUUUGAAGAUUUUUUUUAUAGCUGGAGUGGAUUGUUUCAUUGAGUUUGCACUUCAGCAUUCGGUAGAAGGCCGGUCCAAUAGGAAAAAAGAAAGAUUCUUAAAAGUUUUGAAGGACUUAAAACUUCCUGAUGAUUUUUCUUCAAACUUCUCAGGACAAGUUCAGAUUCGAGAAAGCAAGAUCAUUGGCUUGAAGAGUCAUGACUAUCAUGUUUUGAUGCAACAACUCCUUCCAUUAGCCAUGAGAACAUCACUUAGAAAUGAUGUAGGUCUUGUUUUGAAUGACUACUGUAGCUUCUUCAGAGAAUUAUGCUCUAAGGUCAUUGAUGUACAUUUGAUAGAAAAGCUUGAGCAAAGUAUUCCUAUUAUUCUAUGCAAGCUUGAAAGGAUUUUCCCUCCAGCGUUCUUUGAUGUCAUGGUACAUUUGACUGUCCAUUUAGCAAAAGAGGCUAAACUCGCAGGACCGGUUCAAUAUCGUUGGAUGUACCCUAUUGAGAGGUAUUUGCUUACACUAAAGAACUAUGUACGAAAUAGAAGCCGCCCAGAAGGUUCAAUUGCUGAGGGGUACUUGAUGGAGGAGGCCACAAUAUUUUGUGCACGUUACCUUGAUGAUGUGGAGUCAAAACUUAAUCGACCAGUGCGACUUCAAGAAGGUCCCCUUGGUACAGGAAAGAGUAAAAAACUAUCGGCGUCAGAAUUGCACCAAGCAUAUCGCUUUAUACUUGAUAAUAUGGAAUCAAUACACCCAUAUCGAGACAAAGACAUUCUCAUUGGGACAACCGCCAAGUCCAAGUUGAAGGACAUAAAAAUUUCGUUGACUGGUUUAGAUCUCAUGUAAGCUUUCAAAACAACUUUACUUAAACUUUAUAAUUUUU